GAAACACACAAAACGCAAAGUUCCAACGAAAUCGAAAUUCGCAUUUGCUCAUAUGGAGAUGUAAAGCUUUUUUUUCCAAGUACAAAGAGAGAGUAUUUAUCAAAUUUCUUAGAUCUGAGAGAAGAUGCCGGAGACGGGAGACAUCGAUCGUCAGAUCGAGCAGCUGAUGGAGUGCAAAGCGUUGUCCGAGGCGGAGGUGAAGACGUUAUGCGAGCAAGCGAAGGCGAUUCUGGUGGAGGAGUGGAAUGUUCAACCGGUUAAGUGUCCGGUUACGGUUUGCGGCGACAUCCACGGUCAAUUCUACGAUCUGAUUGAGCUUUUUAAGAUCGGUGGCUCUUCUCCUGACACCAAUUAUCUUUUCAUGGGCGAUUAUGUAGAUCGAGGGUAUUACUCCGUGGAGACAGUCUCGCUUUUGGUAGCUCUGAAAGUUCGAUACAGAGAUAGACUUACAAUCCUUAGAGGGAACCACGAAAGCCGGCAAAUUACUCAAGUGUAUGGAUUCUAUGAUGAAUGCUUGAGGAAAUAUGGAAACGCUAAUGUGUGGAAGCACUUCACUGACCUUUUUGAUUACCUUCCUCUUACAGCUCUCAUUGAGAGUCAGGUUUUCUGUUUACAUGGAGGACUUUCACCUUCUUUAGAUACACUUGACAAUAUCAGAUCUCUAGAUCGAAUACAAGAGGUUCCACAUGAAGGACCAAUGUGUGAUCUGUUAUGGUCCGAUCCAGAUGAUCGAUGCGGUUGGGGAAUAUCUCCUCGUGGCGCAGGCUACACUUUCGGAACAGACAUCGCUACUCAGUUUAACCACACCAAUGGGCUCAGUCUGAUAUCAAGAGCACACCAACUUGUCAUGGAAGGUUUUAAUUGGUGCCAAGAUAAGAACGUUGUCACUGUGUUCAGUGCCCCAAACUAUUGCUACCGAUGCGGCAACAUGGCUGCGAUUCUAGAGAUAGGCGAGAACAUGGACCAGAACUUCCUUCAGUUCGAUCCAGCUCCACGUCAAGUCGAACCUGAGACUACACGUAAGACUCCAGAUUACUUUUUGUAAGUACGAAAAAGAAAACAUUUGCUUCUGUUCUUAACCUUUCUCUGUAAUUUCAUUUUCUGUUCGUUAAAACUGAUAUGAGCGUUCAAAGAUUCUGGUCCAAGUCA